AUGGCACACCCCUCACAAUUAGGUUUUCAAGAUGCAGCCUCCCCAGUUAUGGAAGAACUUAUCCACUUUCACGACCACACACUAAUAAUUGUAUUUCUAAUUAGCGCCCUAGUUCUUUAUAUCAUCACAGCGAUAGUAUCCACAAAACUCACAAACAAAUACAUUCUUGACUCCCAAGAAAUUGAAAUCGUCUGGACUAUCCUCCCUGCUAUUAUCCUCAUUAUAAUUGCCCUCCCAUCUUUACGAAUCUUAUAUCUUAUAGACGAAAUUAAUGAUCCCCACUUAACCAUUAAAGCUAUAGGUCAUCAAUGAUACUGAAGCUACGAAUAUACAGACUAUGAAGAUCUAGGCUUCGACUCUUACAUAAUUCAAACCCAAGACUUAACCCCCGGCCAAUUUCGUCUACUAGAAACAGACCAUCGAAUAGUAGUCCCCAUAGAGUCACCUGUUCGUGUCCUGGUGUCCGCAGAAGAUGUUUUACACUCAUGAGCCGUUCCAGCUUUAGGGGUUAAAAUAGAUGCUGUCCCAGGACGUUUAAACCAAACUGCCUUUAUCAUUUCUCGACCAGGCGUCUAUUACGGCCAAUGUUCAGAAAUUUGUGGGGCUAAUCACAGUUUUAUACCCAUUGUAGUAGAAGCAGUCCCUUUAGAACACUUUGAAGCCUGAUCUUCAUUAAUAUUAGAAGAAGCCU